AUGAGGGUCACCCUUGUAGCAAGAGGAGCAAGUGAAUUCACCAUUGAGGUGAGUCUGCAACAAACAAUUCUUGAAAUCAAACAGAUAAUACAACAGGUAUUAGGCGUCCCGGUGACUUCGCAAACUCUCACUGUAUCCGGGUGGGAGUUGCUUGAUGGACUCGACUUGGAAGAUUAUCCGAUUGUCACCGAAGGCACAAAGAUCGAUCUCGCAAUGAAAUGCACCACACAACCUCAUUUGGAAAACGGUAGUAAGAUUCUCAUUGUCCUUGAGUUUUCGUCGAGAAAGAUUAACAUAGAGGUUGAUCAUCGCACGGAAACAGUUCGGAGCUUGAAAGAGAAAAUCCACAUAAUCGAUGGCACCCCUAUAAAAAGAAUGGCUCUGUCCUUUUCCGGUAGAGCAAUGGAUGAAGACUUCCGGAACUUAAGUGAGUAUGGCAUUUGCGAAUUCUCCGAAAUCGCUGUGUUUCUUAAACCGAUGAGUCGGUUAGUAGCGGAUCCUCCUUCGAGAAGGCUAGGCUUGGUGGUGCAGACUUCUUCGAGUUUGCUUGACGGAGCCAGCAUUCCUUUGGAAAUGAAGGACUCGAGCACGGUUAAUGAACUGAGGCAAGUAUUGUUGGUUAGAAAGAUACUUCCUAUGGAUGAUUACAUAUUUAUCCAUAAACAGAGGAUCAUGAGGGACAAUCGUAGCCUCCGGUCGUAUGGUGUCGAGAAUGGGGAUUGCCUUUACGUUUUCAAAGGGACCGUGAGUCGCGAAGGAUAUUGA